AUGUUGUAUCAAUAUUUCUCGCCUCUCCUUUUUCUGGGGUUAACCUCCCUCGCUUCUGGCAGCGUGCUCCAUGCCCGAGAUGGCGACGUUGCAGUCGGCGACAAAUGGAAACCGCAUGCUGAGGUUGCGGUUUUCCAACAGCAAGCUGCCUAUGACCUCGAAGGCGAGCUUGAACUGCGUUUCAAGCCCUGGCUCAACGAUAGGAGCGGUUGCUUCCCCUACGCCGCCGUCGACAAGGAUGGGAACCACGGAAUGGGGCUUAAACCUACAGGCCAUAGUGGCGGUGACUGCCGUGAUGCCAGCAAGGGUCAGCUUUACGCCAGGGUCGGAACUUCCAACGGUCGGACCGGUAUUAUGUAUUCGUGGUAUCAACCCAAGGUCCAGACGGACACCGAACGUCACAAGCACUGGUACCUGACUAUUGUGAUCUGGUUAUACUCUGAUAAGUGCGACCCAGUGGCCGACGAUUACCGCGUCGUUGGAGUCAGUUACUCUAAUGGCAAAGAAACCUACGAUACAUCAGUGAGCGGUAAUACACUCUAUAGCUCUGGCGAUAGCGGUUCCGGUCCUGGUAACACACACCCCAUCGUCGGAUAUGACGGUCAAGUCAACGUUUUCCCCUCUCAAGACGGCACUGAGUACGCCCUAAGCCCGCCAUUGAUCAGCUGGAAAAGGCUCUCUCCGCCGGCAAUAGAGCAGCUCAACGGUGUCCAGUACGAAAAGGCUAGGUGUCCCUUCAAUGACAAUAAUAUCCAAGCAUCCCUGGACGCUGCUUUCAACACAUUUUCCUACAUCAACCUUGCAGCCGUGGCCGAUAAUUGCAAAUCGGCUACCCCGACGUCAACGCCGACCCCGACAGCAACGCCGGCUCCUCCCAGCACUGCUAAAGAGGUGGACUUGGCGUGUAUGAAUCAGGGUCCCGGGUUCGAUCCCUCGAACUGCGUGUUCUCUCCAAUUCAAAACGAUGGAACUGCCAUCGACGAAACAGAUUCGGAGGCUAUCAUCAAACUUAUGACAGCCGAGACCUUCCUUCGAUACAUCAAAGGAGACAAGGCAGACCUUACUGAUACGUGUGUCUUCUACACCAAAGGAGUCACCGCUGCUGGAGCAGCUACAGGGUUAUCAUCUGCUGCUACAGAAUGGGCGUGCGGAGAGUCGAAGAAACCUCGGUACACAAUAUGGAAUCUAUUUCCUAACGCCUAUGAUGCUUCUAUUCAUAAGGGCGUCCGGGACCUCUAUGCCAUGUUCACGCCCGGAAGCUGGCUAGAACCUAUCAGGAAAAAGCAGGAAGAAUUCGAGAAGACAUUGCCUGUCGGAGUAGUGCCGCCGAGCAUCCGUUAUUUCCAGCAAAUGUCAGAGUCCAUGGCUGAAGCAUGCUUCGGAGAGAUCAUCAUCAUGACAGAGACUCCGAAAGAGCUCGCACUCUACGAGCCAGGCAAGAAGUACCAGGACGCACGCUUCAACAACAUCUUCUGGUCUCACGAGCGACCCGUCCUCCAACGGAAGGCGAAAGAGGGAGAAGCAAAGCUCUAUGUACUGGACUCCAACACCAAAGAAGCCUGGGAAGUUAUAGACGUCGAUACGUUCGAGCUUGGCUCUUCCAUUAAGUUCAGACGAGAUAUGAAAUUGGGCCAUGAGACGUCUGAUGUCUUUGACUCCAAGUUGCAGGCCAAGGUCGCCAAUAUGUGCAAGAGAAACGGACUUGGAUCUCAGGAACCGGGUCAGGACUGGUUUGGAUCCUACGGAAGCAAUGGGUGGUAG